UGCAUUUGAGUUGGAAGUGAAAAUUUGCUUAAUGCAGUUUGCUGAAUUUGACAUGAUUAACAUCGCAAACCUAUUAGUCAUUAAAUGGUUAUCAUCACCAGUGUAGCCUGUCAUCAAUCCUGUGAAGCGUAUCUUCACCUUGACAAAACACGCUGAAUAUAGUCAUCCAGCUGUUAAGUACAAAACCUAGAGCAUUUUUGUACAUGAGAAUAUUUGUUAUUCCUUUAAUAAUAAAUUGAUGGGUAAAUGGCAGACAACAGAGCAUUGAGCGUUCUUCAGCAGUCGUUUAUUUUAUGUUUUGUGCCUUUUCUUGUGCAUAGACUUGCAAAUGGGCGAAAAGAUACAGCGAGCCAAUAAGUGCAAAAUUAUAACAGACAGUAAUUAUUAGUACAAGAUCAAUUGUGCAAUAUUAUAGAAAACUUGCAAGAGCUGUUGAUGACGACUGUGUAAAAUUCUAACUUACUGGACUGAUUUUAGAUCUCUCGUAGUAGUCGAUGCUGUAAAACAGUGCUUUUAACCACGUGAUUUAUUGCAGUUCUCUUUGACUUCAUCAGGUGUAAGCCAUAAGAGUGUUGCUUUUGAGUUUUUUUCCUGUGAAUAAUGAUCACGGUGUAGAUGUUAUUUUAAUGGCAUUUUCCAAGCACUAAGAGGGACAUAUUUUUAACCUUGCCAUUUGAACCCAAGCCUUAGUGUCCAAAAUCAAUAUCUUUGAGGAUGGGCCCAGUACCUUUUGUUAAUCUGUCCAUACCGUAAGAGAGUGUCUGGGGACUACUUUUAGUCACAUCCCAACCUAUUGUGGUGAUAAGUUUUGUUUUUAUCUUCAGUAUUUUGUAACUUUCAAAAGAUGUUUCUGUUGUUGAAAAUGUCCUCUUGAAAAUAUUGAUAUUAAUAUUACAUAAGUUGAUGUGUUUUUUUGUUUUUUUUCAUUAUAUAAAGUGUCUUAACUGGUCUUUGGUGUUCUUACUGCUGUUAGAAAAAAGUGAUCAUGAUCUUUGAUAAGACUACAUUGAUAUAAAUUAUAAAGGAAAAAAAAAUUGCUCCACAAAAAAGUAUGAUCAUAAAUUCUGUGAAUUUAUUAUCCAGUUAACGUCAGAUUUGAAUUACCAUAUGCAAAUAAGCAUUAGUAUGCAAAUAAGCAUUCUCAUAUCAUUACCCUGAGAAUGGCAACUGGGGCCAGACACCUGCCUUUUCUAGCAUGACUAUGGAGUGCAACGGAACUAAUGAUCUGUCAGAUCUUGUGCUCCUUUACACCAAAGAUGACUUCACGUACAAUACAAGCAACAGCCACAAGCAGGAGGUUUCGUCAGGCUUCGAUACCCUGUUGAAGCGCGGCUGGGAGGCGGCCGUGGAAGCCGGCAUAUUCAACUAUAAGGUCGAUAAUGUCGAGACCAAAAUCAUAGCAGGAAAAUACCACAUAGUGGCUCAGAUGAAUCCGAAUCGCUCUAAAUUAAGAAGGAAACCAGAUGAGAUAGUAAGCGUCACGCAACCGUUCGAUCCCAAAAGGUUUAAUUUCACGAAGAUUAAGAACGAAGAGAUUUUAAUGAACCUUCAUUAUGGCCUGUCUAAUGAAGAGGAAGAAAAGGUACCUCAGGACCUGAAGUAUGACUUAGAAGCGACACUCUUGAUCAACAAUGCACCGAUCUGCUAUGGCCACAGUCUCUUGGUGCCUUUCUUGGACGAGUGUCGACCGCAGGUACUGGACUACGAGAGCCUGAUCAUAGGCAUCCAUUCUGUCUUAUUGUCAAACACGCCGAAUUACCGAUUAGCUUUCAAUUCCCUGUGUGGGUAUGCAUCUGUCAACCAUCUUCAUUUUCACCUCUAUUACCUACCACACCGAUUGUACAUAGAAGAUGCGGAGUGUGAAUUGCUAGCUGGGCCUUGCUAUGCUUUCAAGGAUUAUCACUCUCCUGGAUUUGUGUUCUUCCUCAAAGAUGGAGCUGUUGAGGAACUAGCAAGAAAUUUAAUGAAGAUUGCAAAGAUAUUUAUUGAGAAAGGAAUAGCUCACAAUAUGUUCGUGACUCGAGGAGUGUCUCCAAAUGGCAAUAUAAAGGGAGAUACUUUUGACACUGUGCGAGUGGUUGUUUGGGCACGAAAGCCUUCUUAUGGCAUUAAGGAUGUGUCUGUAUUUGCUCCAGCUGUUUGCGAGCUAGCAGGCCAUGUCCCUGUUUACUCUCCUGCUCAUUGGGAGAACAUAAAAGAGGAAGACUUUACCAAGAUCACCAACAUGGUAUCUGAGGAAAUGUUCCAAGCCCUCAAGCCCAAGAUUGCAGAGUUGUUUUCACCAACCGAACCAUCCACUUGACUUCCCAGUGGAAAAAAAUAUAUGAAGUGAUGAGCAACUUGUGUUUUGAUGUACAGUUAGCCCUCCACGUUCAGUGUACCCUCGCUGUUUCGCAAAUAUUGGGACCAAGGAGUGCCAUGAGGAUAAUAGAAGUGGAAUCGUGUCCUGAUUUCACCGGGCUUUCAGUGUGACGUAGAGAAUGUAGACUGCACUUUAUAGCUAAGUGGUAUAAUUCAUGGCAUUGCAAAGUAGAGUCCAUAAAAAAAAAAAAAAAAAAAAAAAAAAAUGAUUAAAAAUUAAAAAGGAAUCAUGAAACGGCAUGGGUCUACUCCACAAGUUCAUUUUCUUAUACACAGUUCAACUUGCUGUGCAUCUAGCUGUGCAUCUAGAUCCUUCCUCCUUACAGGUGGAGCAGAAUAAUUUGCAGGAAUAGAAGCACAUUGAUCCACCCAUCUCCACAUGACACAGUGGAAUGGUGAUCUGUGUAAGAGGUGUAUAUUCUCUUACACAGAUCACCAUUCCACUGAUAGCACAGGCAAGAAGACCCAUUCACAAAUAAACAACAUUGUCGUGGCUCAUUCUUUGAAUUACAGUGUAGCAGUGUGUUCCGAUCAAGAAUAAAAAGACAGGUAAAUAUAGCAACAAUCAGUGGUAAUGAUUGAUAAGAAGUAGUUUUUGAGGAAUAUUGGUUGAGUGAAACAAAGGAAUUAUUGGCAGCCAGAAUUGUUUUGAUUGUUGUAUCUUUUAGUUGUUUUUAUUAGAUAUAAGCACUAUUUUCCUUUGUAUGAUGUUCAGCAUAAUUUGUUUUACCAAUUUUUCUUUCCGGUCAAUUUCUACAAUUUUCUGUCAGUUUACAGUGAAAAAGUACAAUUCUUUGCUGUAAUAGUCUGCAGUGAAACUAUUUUGAUAAUAAUCAUUAUUAGCAUUGUCAUUUUUUAUGAUUAUAAUUGUUAUAGUUAGCUAUUUUUUAUUUUAUUUUUUUAAUUGUUGCCGUAAUUCUUGUUAUUACCAUUAAUAUUAACGUUCACUGCCCAUCAGCUGUCAUUGCAGGCUGUUUUAUACAAAGUGACAUGGAACCAAACACACAGUAACUGUAUCUAAAUGUUAUUGAUACCUCUCAUGAAUGUGUAGUGUGUAGUUUGAUGUGAUAUUAAUUAUUGUUUAUCCACUUCUAGAUUUUGGUAUAUAUUUGUGAGUUAGAUAUGCCAUAUGUUUUCUAGUAAUGUAAACACAGUGCAGUAGGAGGGCUGACUAUUUUUUUAUUCUAUUUAAUGACCUAGUAUUUAGUCAAGAUAUAUAUAUAUAUAUAUAUAUAUAUAUAUAUAUAUAUAUAUAUAUAAGAAGGUGAGUGUGUAUGUAUAUACAUUUAUCAUAGAUCUUUAUUUAUUUAUUUAAUUCUGAAGCUAGAUAUAUUUUUCAGUAUUUCAAUGAUGCGAUGUUUGUAAGCCUUUGUGACAAC